AUGGAAGAAGGGGUUAUUUGCCAGUGGAGCAUGUUUAGAUCUUUCUUAGCAAUCCUUCAGUGGUGGGCUUUCAAUGUCACUGUCAUUAUCAUCAACAAGUGGAUUUUCCAGAAAUUGGAUUUCAAGUUUCCAUUGUCGGUAUCUUGCAUCCAUUUUAUUUGUUCAGCCAUUGGAGGAUAUGUGGUGAUUAAGGUGUUGAAGCUUAAGCCGUUGAUAUCCGUUGACCCUCAAGAUCGUUGGAGAAGAAUAUUUCCUAUGUCAUUUGUGUUUUGUAUUAACAUUGUGCUGGGGAAUGUCAGCUUACGAUACAUACCAGUUUCUUUUAUGCAGACAAUAAAGUCAUUCACCCCUGCAACAACAGUUGUUUUGCAAUGGCUAGUUUGGAGAAAAUAUUUUGACUGGCGAAUUUGGGCUUCUCUUAUACCCAUUGUUGGAGGGAUUCUUCUCACAUCUAUCACAGAGCUUAGUUUUAAUGUAUUUGGGUUUGGUGCUGCUUUGGUUGGUUGUUUGGCUACAUCUACAAAAACUAUACUUGCUGAGUCUCUGUUGCAUGGAUACAAAUUUGACAGCAUAAACACGGUUUAUUACAUGGCCCCUUUUGCAACCAUGAUCUUGACAAUACCUGCUUUGUUACUUGAAGGCAAUGGAGUUCUUGAGUGGCUAAGUACUCAUCCAUAUCCUUGGUCAACCAUGAUCAUUGUUUUCUGCUCUGGAGUUUUGGCGUUCUGCCUUAACUUCUCCAUUUUUUAUGUCAUUCAUUCCACUACUGCUGUAACAUUUAAUGUUGCUGGAAACCUUAAGGUUGCUGUUGCUGUUCUUGUUUCUUGGCUAAUUUUUAGGAACCCAAUAUCAUACUUAAAUAGUGUUGGGUGUGCCGUGACUCUUGUUGGAUGUACAUUCUAUGGUUAUGUCAGGCAUAUGCUCUCCCAACAGCCACCACUCCCAGGAACUCCUCGGACACCUAGGAGUAAGAUGGAGUUGCUUCCAUUUGUAAAUGACAAAUUAGAAGAUAAGGUCUAA